UCUUGUAUCCAUCAUGUAUAUUAAUAUAAAUGAGUUUGCAAGCGCGAAAGCCGUAAAGGGUUAGUGCCGCUGCUGCCUUGAACUGAGCGAUCCUCCCAAUGUAUCUGGCAGGUACAUAACUCGAGUAUGUUGACAGGUUAUGGGUCAUUGUUACUGUACCUUUGUCAUCAAUACUAUCAUCUGUUCAGACGUCAUGAUUCAAUUUCCCAACGACAUAAUAUCAGACCUCAUCAUAACGACAGAUGGCCAAGCUGAGGAGCCGUUUUCCUAUGGCUUGUGGGGCUACACAAUCUACCGCACCUGCUACACUCCCGAGUCGCAAUCGCAAUGGGAAUAUUUGACUGAAGCCAUUGAAGCAGGGGUCGUAGAAUCAAUCCCAGGGCUCCAAGACGAUGAACCGCCGCCGACUUCUCAAUUCUUGCGCUCUCGCUUGCGCCUAGAUUUCCGCUCCGACGCUUCUCUAUACGAUGGCCUUGGUGUCGAACAACUUCGCCAGGUGUAUCUCAACCCGCCCGCGAAUUGUGAACCUUCGCCCAACUUCGACAGAAGCGAUCGUCUCUUCCUCGUCGCGGAUGCAGAUGUAUUAAUGGAUCCCUACUUUUUGCCAGAGGAGAACGCAACGCAAAAGGAGGCCGUGGGCGAUGCUACAAGCGAUGCCGCAGAAACGAAAAGUGUGCAGAAAUGGCAGUAUCAAUACCACAGCCACAGAAGCUCUUCGAGCAUUAAGCGCCAAUGGCUGAAGUGUGUCGAAGCAGACUAUGUUGCCGAGGAUCACCAUCCCAGGAGAAGGGGCCAGGGUCCACGACCGUACUUUGGCUGGUUCAUGAUUACGGCGGAUAGCGUGAUAGAGCUAUGGGAGCUGUUACUUGAUAUGAACAUUGAGGAGAUUAAACCCAGGUUACCUGACGUUGAAUUCUGGGCUGGGUAUUGGUGACGGAGGAUUGUCCGACCGCUAUCACCAUCACCAUAAGGUUAGAUCCUGAGUCGGUGGUAGUGACGAACUUUGGAUUCUCAAAGACAUGGAAAAGAUUGAAGAUAAGAACAAGAGAUGGACAGAUCUAUUGACAUAGCCGGCUAUUAGACAUUGAUAUCUCCCGUAACACUUGAUGCCCCGCUACUAGAGGUGG